AUGAUGAACCGGGAGAAGUGGGUUAACCUCAGUCCUUCAGAAUUUUCUCAGCUUCAGAAAUAUGCAGAAUACUCCACCAAGAAAAUUAAGGAUGUUCUGGAAGAAUUCCAUGGUAAUGGUGUGCUAGCAAAAUAUAAUCCUGAAGGGAAACAAGACAUUCUUAAUCAAACAAUUGAUUUAGAAGGUUUCAGACUGUUCAUGAAGACCUUUCUGGAAGCCGAGCUGCCCGAUGAUUUCAGUGAACAUCUCUUUACAUCAUUCAGCAACAAAAUCUCCCAUUGUAUCCCCUUAGUAAAAAGCAAGCCCCAACUCCUACCAGGAGGUUUGAGAAUUAAUAAAGGUAACACUACAUCACGACCUGCUGCUCCUGCCAAUUUACAUGUACCAGAUGUAAUCCAGUUGAAAGACAUUGUUUGCUAUUUGUCUCUGCUUGAAAGAGGAAGACCUGAAGACAAACUAGAAUUUAUGUUUCGCUUGUAUGACACAGAUGGAAAUGGGUACUUGGACAGUUCGGAACUAGAAAAUAUCAUCACUCAAAUGAUGCAUGUUGCAGAAUAUCUUGAAUGGGAUGUCACUGAACUCAGUCCAAUCCUUCAUGAAAUGAUGGAAGAAAUUGAUUAUGACCAUGAUGGCACAGUAUCUCUGGAGGAAUGGAUCCAGGGCGGAAUGACGACAAUCCCACUCCUGGUGCUCCUUGGAUUAGAGAAUAAUGUGAAGGAUGAUGGGCAGCAUGUAUGGAGACUGAAACACUUUAACAAGCCUGCCUACUGUAAUCUUUGCUUGAACAUGUUAAUAGGAGUAGGCAAGCAGGGUCUCUGCUGUUCCUUUUGCAAGUACACAGUCCAUGAACGCUGUGUCUCAAGAGCACCUGCCUCUUGUAUCGAAACAUAUGUGAAGUCCAAAAAGAACACUGAUGUAAUGCACCACUACUGGGUAGAAGGAAACUGUCCAACAAAAUGUGAUAAGUGUCACAAAAAUAUAAAAUGUUACCAAGGCCUGACUGGACUUCAUUGUGUUUGGUGUCAGAUCACACUCCAUAAUAAAUGUGCUUCACAUCUAAAGCCUGAAUGUGACUGUGGCCCUUUGAAGGACCAUAUUUUACCACCCACAGCAAUUUGCCCAAUAGUAUUGACUCUACCCACUUUAGGAGUUUCACUCCCUGAGGAAAGACAGGCAACUAUGAAAAAAGAAAAGAGUUGCCCCCAGCAAAUGAACAAAUUGGGAGAACGGACUAAGAUGCAAAGAGCAAAUUCUGUCACUGUAGAUGGACAAGGACUUCAGAUCACUCCGGUUCCAGGAACUCAUCCACUUUUAGUUUUUGUCAACCCUAAAAGUGGGGGGAAACAAGGAGAAAGAAUUUACAGAAAAUUUCAGUACCUUUUAAAUCCUCGUCAAGUUUACAGUCUUGCUGGAAAUGGACCAAUGCCAGGGUUAAAUUUUUUCCGAGAUGUUCCUGACUUCCGGGUACUGGCAUGUGGUGGAGAUGGAACAGUGGGUUGGAUUUUGGAUUGCAUAGAGAAGGCAAAUUUGCUUAAACAUCCUCCAGUUGCUAUUUUGCCUCUUGGGACUGGCAAUGAUUUAGCAAGGUGUCUAAGAUGGGGAGGAGGAUAUGAAGGUGAGAAUCUGAUGAAGAUCUUGAAAGACAUUGAGAACAGCACAGAGAUCUUGCUGGACAGAUGGAAAUUUGAAGUCAUACCCAAUGAUAAAGAUGAGAAAGGAGAUCCAGUGCCUUAUAGCAUCAUCAAUAAUUACUUUUCUAUUGGCGUGGAUGCUUCAAUUGCCCACAGAUUCCACAUCAUGCGAGAAAAACAUCCAGAGAAGUUCAACAGUAGAAUGAAGAACAAAUUUUGGUAUUUUGAGUUUGGCACUUCUGAAACUUUCUCAGCCACCUGCAAGAAGCUACACGAAUCUGUAGAAAUAGAAUGUGAUGGAAUUCAGCUAGACUUAAUCAAUAUUUCUCUGGAAGGAAUUGCCAUUCUGAACAUUCCAAGCAUGCACGGUGGAUCAAAUCUUUGGGGAGAGACCAAGAAAAGACGUAGCCAUCGUCGAACUGAAAAGAAGAGGUUGGAUAAAAGAAGCACUGUCACAGAUGCCAAGGAAUUGAAGGUUGCAUGUCAAGAUCUGAGUGAUCAGCUGAUGGAAGUGGUUGGUCUGGAAGGAGCCAUGGAGAUGGGUCAGAUAUACACAGGACUGAAAAGUGCUGGUAGGCGGCUUGCACAGUGCUCAUCCGUUGUCAUCAGAACCAGCAAGUCGCUGCCCAUGCAGAUUGAUGGAGAACCAUGGAUGCAGACCCCUUGUACAAUAAAAAUUACCCACAAGAAUCAAGCCCCAAUACUGGUGGGACCUCCUCCAAAAACCGGUCUAUUCUCCUCCAUUAUCAGAAGAACAAGGAACCACAGCAAGGAAUAA